CUCCAGUGGCUUUUCAAUAUUUCAAUUGCAUAAUGUAGAUUAAGCUUUGCCAGUGAUGAAUACAUUGGUUGAUUCAUAUGAUUCGGGAAUCUCUGGUACUUUGGACUAUCGUUUUGCAUAGGAUUAGGAUAUUAUUUCGUAACAAGGUGACGGACUACCUUAUUAGGGACAGGACAUUCGGAUGACGUCAUAUGACAGUUGAAAAGGAUUAAAAGAAUUACAAACGGACAGUAGGAUAGAGUGAGUAACCACAAAAGAGUUGAAACGAUACAUCAGGGAUUACCGUUACGAAAUAUCAGUGAAAAAGGAUAACCAUAUUGGAUAAUUUGAGAUAACUGGGUAUCUAUACAUGAGAUUAUUUACAAUACGAUACUCUAUUAUGGCUACAUAAGGUGUUAUAUACGGAAGAUCGUGAUAAAGAUACAAAAGGCACAACGUUUACCGAGGAAGAAUGUAAUCGACGUCAGGUGCCGAAAUACGUGAUGUCGGCAGUAGAAAUAAGUGACGUUGUACGCAAACAAGAGUGACGUACAUAGUAUACACAAACAACGAAGGGCGUGCUAAUACUACAGUUAACGGAAUACCGAAAAUAUGCUGGUACUGAAGUAGCCUACCUACGCUAGGAAACAGUUCGUAGGCUUUGUACACGAGACUUUGGAUACAGAACUUUGGCUGCUCUGACGGGAGGAUACCGCACCAUCUCACCAUCUCGUCAUUCAUGCUUGAGUUGGCCGAACAGCUCGACCGAAACGAAUAAAUCGGCCGAUUGGGCGCUUUAGCUUCGUGGCAUUAAUGCUCUAAUAUGCUUCGGGCAGAGCAUCGAUCUUCCCUCUGUGAUAAUUAUUGUAUUGUUGGGGUGAGCUGGCCCGGAGAGGUUGCGAGGAGAGUGCGACAACUAAGCACUGUCAGGAAUUUACCGAGUUGGAAUAGUCUGAAAUCGGAUGGUGUACUUGUAAGAUCGGAAUGAAAUGUUACUCAUAAUCAAUUUCUCUGGAUUGUACUCUGCAUCUGAUGCAUUUGAAAAUCGAAAAAACUAACGUGAAUGGUCUCCGUUCGACUGUGGAAUUAACGUUGAGAGUUGAUUCGGAUUGGUAGUUAUAAGUCAAUUAUCGACAGUUCUUGCAGCUUCACUGUGACAAAAUCUGUGGAAUACAUAUUGAAAAAAUUGCACUUAAUGGUACUGGAAUCAAUUAAACUGCACUUGUUCGAAUAUCCAACAAAAGUGUGUCCCUAACUUCCACUCUUAUAUACCACUUACUAGAAAUCAAAGGCGGAACAAAAUCAUGUGCUUCAUAGGCUUCGAAACGGCAGCUUAAUUAACCCAAGCCUCUCUUGAUUCAUGGAGUAGUAGGGAAUCUGUAAAGCGGAAUCAAGGAUGUUGGAUUUAGCUUCGAAGUCUUCGCAGAUGAGCAAAGGUUCUACUCCGGAUUUACACUCUGAUGAUUGGAGCUCCAUCGAUUUGUCAGUGCAUUUUUUGGGCACAAUCGUCAACGCGGAUUAAUCUUUGUUGAUCCCCUUGGUCUGUAUUGACAAAAGGAACAACUUGACCGGGAAAUUCGCCCACCACUAAUAUCCUGUUGGCUUUCCAGUUUCCUUAGGUUUUUAACGAGCUGAAUUGUUAUGUGUUCUAGACGGGAAAAAAAUUGCUCGAUCAAGAGAAGGAACACCCUACUCAAAUGGUCAUCUCCGGUUUACCUAAAGUCCACUCAAGCUCUUUAAGACCUAAUCGAUUGGCUAGCCGCUCUGCAAUUAUUGCGGGUUAUUGGAUUACUGAAAACACAGCAAAGUCAGCGUUUUUAUAUUCAUUGCAACGCUAAAGGAAAUUUGUCAACACGUUCCAAUCUCCGUUUCUGCUGAAAAUAAAACACUGAUUGGUAAUCAGCCAAUCGGAAUUCAACAGACGGAUGUUUUUGAUCUCGUGUCCGGCGCCGCUCUGGCUAUUUUCAACACAUUUGGGUCGUUUCCCUGUGUGACACGUGGUUAGUUUUUAACCAACUAGGGUCGUUCUCAUGGAAAUCACAAGUUCUCCAAAUCCUUUCAACAGGUAGAAUUUAGCGUCGACGAAAUUAAUUAUGCAAAUCGAGUGCGCUUUCAUAUUAUGACGUAUGGCUCCGUAUAGGAUAGAGACUGGUGUCAAUUUGGAUCCGGUACCACACGAUAAAAAUGGCGCCAGAUACGAAGUACCCGGAUCAAAUGAUGUAGGGACGUUGGACCAGCCGCUGCUACGCAUCCAAAACGCGCUUCAGCCGCAGUUACGGAUCCGGCGGCCGAGAGCAGAUAUGGCGAUGAAUUUCACAAAUAUUACGGGUGGCCCUAGAACAAGCACUAGCCCCACCACGGCGGUGCCGGGCUACAUUAACGGCCUGAUGGUGGACCCGAGUCUGGCCCUAGGCCUUGACACAAAUGAUACAAUGACCCCUGGAAAUUAUAGCAUUUAUGACAACUUGACUAUUUGCGAGUGGAACGACACGUCUUGUCUGAAUUCCACAAAUACGACAAAUACGUCACCGGAACCGGAUAUAGAACGCCGAUACUGGGCGUUGAUACUUUUUAUAUUUCCAGUGUUCACGAUAUUCGGGAAUGUAUUAGUCGUAUUAAGUGUAUAUAGGGAAAGAACUUUACAAACAGUGACGAAUUAUUUUAUAGUUUCUCUUGCAAUUGCCGAUAUCUUCGUCGCCUCCCUUGUCAUGCCGAUAGCCAUAUAUUUUGAGAUAAACGUCUACCGCUGGGAUUUACCUCCAUUUUUGUGUGAUGCAUGGGUUUGUUUUGAUGUCUUGUGUUCUACAGCCUCCAUCUUGAAUCUGACUGCAAUUAGCGUUGACAGAUUUUUCGCCGUGACACAACCAAUAAAAUAUGCCAGGCACAAAAACUCGAAACGGGUGCACGUGAUGCUAGCGCUAACAUGGAUAGUUAGUGCUGCAAUAGCGGCACCUAUCGUCCUAGGAAUGAAUCAAUCUCCUGCUCGAGGGCAAGGAGAUUGUGGAUUUUAUAACACUGAUUUUUUGAUAUAUUCCUCAAUGGGGUCAUUUUAUAUUCCAACUAUCACCAUGGUGGUGUUGUAUUAUAGGAUAUUUAAAACUAUACACGAACGCGCGAAAAAACAGCGCAGUAGAAAUAGAAGCCGUGGUGAGAUGUUUGAGAAUAGAAAUGCAAAGGGGAACGAGGGUGGCUCGCAAAGGACUAAAGGGAAUCAUGUAGAUUCUGGGGUGAAUUCGACGGCGAAAACCGAGGUCCUCUCCCUUCCUAGUCCUUCCCAAUCUUUCAUGUGUAAUCGGAGUAUAGCAGAGGAGGUGUCGAACAUGGGCACGACUGACACUCAGGAGGACGAGGAGGAAGAAAAAGACACCCUAGCGGACAAUGUUAUAACCAAUGAAAAAGCAGCAGAAUUUAUGUUGAGUCCAGUUGUCGCUGAUGGGAACCAAAUGAAACCAGAUUUAGACUCUGGUUACUCUGCUCCAACCAAUGUGAUCGUUGAGACUAAAUUUUCUACUGAUAUUCCGCACAGUAGAACGUUCCUGAAACUCCCUGGGCGUAAGAAAAUGGGCACGGGGGGCAGGAAUGGCUCCACCAGAUCGUCCACUUCGUCGAAACGCUCCACCAAUAGCAAUGGGAGUCAGAAAAGGAGUGUUACGCGGUUUCAGUUUCAUGUGAGGAGGCAUAGUAACAGGGGGAGGAAGAGCAGGGAUAGAACUGCUAAUAAAAGGGAAAGAAAAGCUACAAAGACUCUUGCCAUUGUUUUAGGUGUCUUUUUGAUUUGCUGGUGGCCGUUCUUCACCGUGAACAACCUCAUGACGGCAUUCUGCAAGAAAUACGGGGAAUCGGUCCCGGCGUGCGAAAUAGACACUAUACUCAUCUCAUUCUUUACGUGGCUCGGAUACAUCAACAGCUUUCUCAAUCCCAUCAUCUAUACAAUAUUCAACAUAGAAUUCCGAAAAGCAUUUAAGAAGAUAUUGACAACUAAACCUAUCUGCGUGUGCGAAUGUGGCCGUUAAUGGUCAGCGCCAUAUUUUGACGCUUAUUGAAAACCACAUGCCACUGUAUAUUUGGGUGACCCAUUAAGACCCGAGAACAUCAUGUAAUUCUUACGAGGAGUGUUACUUAAAAACAUUUCUAGCAGAAAAUAACGCCUUUAACGACAUUGACAUUUCUUGUUCUGUGGGGUUAAAGGGUUAAACUAACUUCCAUCCCAUGACGUAUAUGGUUUCGAAUGCAGCUAUUUCGUCAUACUAUAAGUAAUGUAUGUAGCUAUUGUGAGGUUGCUAUUGCAUUUCAGGUGGUCAUGUCAAUUGCGUCUGUAAUUAUAUGGCAAUAUUACACUUUUUCUUGAGUUGCCAAAUUAUCGCGAACGUUACCAUGACCUGUUACCAACAUGUUAUUACGCCACAUGUCACUUCAAAUGUGUUAAUCUUUGUCUCAGGCGAAAGGUACCUAAUACGUUUUUGUGUCUACAAUUUUCCAAGUUAUUCAGUAUAUAAUUAUGCAUCAAAUAAGGUGCAAGAUGACCCAACUUGGUGAUCUAAUUGAAGCUAAUUAGUAUUUCAGCGAAUUUCUAUCAAACGCAAACUAUCCUUCAGGAACUGCCUUACUUCAGAAACCGACACAAGGAGGAGAUGGCAUUUUAAUCGCAUUCAAAUGAUUUUUCUUGAUGUUAUUUCACUGUUGUUCUGCACGGCUUUUGUGAUUGUAACGGACCAGAUAGGCCUGCAAAAGUGACGAAAUCGCGACGGAAUAACGCUGCAGUGAAACCAGACCUUUUGGAAGGACAAUGGCUUUGUGUUUAAGUGAAUUUCGCAUCAUCAGUUUGGUAGCAGACUUUUGCAAUUACACCGCAAACGGAAAUGGACCUUUUCAUUUCCUGUUCAAAACUCCAGCGAAGAUCAAUUAGCGAGGUUCGGCCUAUUGAACAUGUGAUCAAUAGGGUUCCAUUCAGAAACUCGCGUAUGAGAAUUCCAUACCAGUGACUCGAUGCAUCAGUUGCUUUGAUACCAACUGUGCCGUGUGUACAGGAGCAAUGUAUUGCGAAAUUCACUAUUUGAAAUGCUUUGCCCCUUUCAGGGUUGAGAAAUAUUAAGUGCUUGCCUCCAUAUGGGUUAAUGAUUCAGUUUACUUCUGAAGGUGUUUCCAGUAAUUUUGCAGUUUCAAUCGUGCGAGAGGGACGGAUAUCUGGUUAACGAUGGCCACCUUUGUAUCAGUUUCUUAUAACAUUUUCCCCUGUCACUGUCAGGGGCGUAGCUAGCAUGGGGGAGGGGAGGCAAACGCACCCGAGACGUCACCAAAAACAUGUCUAUUUGACCUUGAUUUUGGCCGAUAUCAUUGUUAAAAAGUGUCACUUUGCCCCCCCCCCCCCG